UGAGAACAGGAAGGAAACCAUGAAAGCGUUCAGUCAGAAUCCAGUUUGUGUCGACGGAGCAGAAGGAUGAAAACUGUAGACUGAGGCAGGUCAGUGUUCCCGUGUUACCUCUCAGACUGACUUCAGAUCAGAAGAUGAGUGGUUGUGUGGAGGAAGAGGAGGACGGAGCAGAGUCUCUAGUCUCUGGCUAUGUGUCUAUGAAGAGUGACCGGUCUAAAGAUGAUCCUCUGACCUUCAGUAAUGAACCUGGACCCUCAGAGUCAAAGCUGACUUCAGAUCAGAAGAUGAGUGAUUGUGUGGAGGAAGAGGAGGACAGAGCAGAGUCUCUAGUCUCUGGCUAUGUGUCUAUGAAGAGUGACCAGUCUAAAGAUGAUCCUCUGACCUUCAGUGAUGAACCUGGACCCUCAGAGUCAAAAGUUCAGUCCAGACCGAGAGCAGAGUCUCCAGUACCCAGCUGUCUGUCUAUGGAGAGUGACGUGUCCAAAGAGGAUCCUCCAGACUUCAGUAAUGAACCUGGACCCUCAGAGACAAAACAGAAGAAGAGGAGUCAUUCUUCUGUGGAGGAGCCGAUGUCCAGAUCCAGAACAACACCUGGACCUCAGACAGCCACAAAUAGUGGUCUGCAGGAGGUUGUAGAUGAACAUAAGAUCAGUCUGAAGAAGAGAUGUGAACGUGUUACUGAAGGAACUGAUGAAACAGGAAGUGGAACCCUCCUCAACAGGAUCUACACUGAGCUCUACAUCACAGAGGGACAGAGUGAAGAGGUUAAUACCCAACAUGAGGUGAGGCAGCUUGAGACAGCUUCCAAGAAGAAGACCCUCCAUGACGCUCCAAUCAAGUGCCAGGACAUCUUUAAAGCCUUACCUGACCAACAGGGACACAUCAGAGUUGUAAUGACGAACGGCGUUGCUGGCGUUGGAAAAACCUUCUCAGUGCAGAAGUUCACUCUGGACUGGGCAGAGGGCUUGGAAAACCAAGAUGUCAGUCUGGUGGUUCUGCUUUCAUUCAGGGAGCUGAACUUGAUCAGAGAUGAGCAGUACAGUCUUCUCAUGCUGCUCCAUGUUUUCCAUCCAACAUUACAGAAGGUCACAGCAGAGAAGCUCACUGUCUGUAAAGUUCUGUUCAUCUUUGACGGCCUGGAUGAAAGCAGACUUUCACUGGAUUUCAAGAACAACGAGGUUGUGUCUGAUGUCACCCAGAAGUCAUCAGUCAACGUGCUGUUGACAAACCUCAUCCAGGGGAAUCUGCUUCCCUCAGCUCUCAUCUGGAUAACUUCCCGACCUGCAGCAGCCAAUCAGAUCCCUCCUGCAUGUGUUGACAGGGUAACAGAAGUACGAGGCUUCACUGACGCCCAGAAGGAGGAGUACUUCAGGAGGAGAGUCAGUGAUGAAGAGCUGUCCAGCAGAAUCAUCUCACACAUCAAGACAUCCAGGAGCCUCCACAUCAUGUGUCUAAUCCCAGUCUUCUGCUGGAUCACUGCUACAGUUCUGGACCACAUGUUGACUACAGACCAGAGAAGAAAGCUGCCCAAGACCCUGACUGACAUGUACUCACACUUCCUGUUGGUUCAGACAAAGAGGAAGAAGCAGAAGUAUGGUAAGGGACAUGAGACGAGUCCACAGGAGCUGACGGAGGCUGACAGGGAAGUUCUUCUGAAGCUGGGGAAGCUGGCGUUUGAACAGCUGGAGAAAGGAAACAUCAUGUUCUACCAAGAAGACCUGGAGCGGUGUGGUCUGGAUGUCACAGAGGCCUCGGUGUACUCAGGAGUUUGUACAGAGAUCUUCAAAAGAGAGAGUGUGAUCUUCCAGAAAACAGUCUACUGCUUUGUUCACCUGAGCAUUCAGGAGUUUCUGGCUGCAGUCUACAUGUUCCACUGUUACUCAAACGGGAACACAGAGGUACUGGAGGCCUUCCUGGGAGAAGACUUCAAGCACAGAGAUCGUGGCCCAUCUCUGGAUGUCUUCCUGAAGAGAGCCAUGGAGAAAUCCCUUGAAAGUAAAAGUGGCCACCUGGACCUGUUUGUUCGCUUCCUUCAUGGCCUCUCUCUGAAGUCCAACCAGAAGCUCCUAGGAAGUCUGCUGGGUCGGACAAAGAGCAGUUCAGGAAGCAUCCAGAGAGCCAUUAAAAACCUGAAGAAGAUGAACAGAGAUAAUACCUCUCCUGAAAGAAGCAUCAACAUCUUCCACUGUCUGACGGAGAUGAACGACCACUCGGUACAUCAGGAGAUCCAAGAGUUCCUGAAGUCAGAGAACAGAUCAGAGAAGAACCUCUCUGAGAUCCACUGCUCAGCUCUGGCCUACAUGCUGCAGAUGUCAGAGGAGGUUCUGGAUGAGUUGGACCUGAAGAAGUACAACACAACAGACGAGGGACGACUGAGACUGAUUCCAGCUGUGAGGAACUGCAGAAAAGCUGUAUUGGAGAGUUGCAGUUUGUCAGAGAUCAGCUGUGCUUCUCUGGCCUCAGCUCUGAAGUCCAACCCCUCCCAUCUGAGAGAGCUGGAUCUGAGUGGAAACAACCUGGAGGAUUCAGGAGUGAAGCUCCUGUCUGGUUUUCUGGAGAGUCCACACUGUAGACUGGAGACUCUGAGAUUGGAGAACUGCAUUUUGUCAGAGAUCAGCUGUGCUUCUCUGGCCUCAGCUCUGAAGUCCAACCCCUCCCAUCUGAGAGAUCUGGAGCUGAGUAACAACAAGCUGCAGGAUUCAGGAGUGAAGCUCCUGUCUGGUUUUCUGGAGAGUCCACACUGUAGACUGAAGACUCUGGGAUUGGAGAGCUGCAUUUUGUCAGAGAUCAGCUGUGCUUCUCUGGCCUCAGCUCUGAAGUCCAACCCCUCCCAUCUGAGAGAGCUGGAUCUGACUAACAACAAGCUGCAGGAUUCAGGAGUGAAGCUCCUGUCUGGUUUUCUGGAGAGUCCACACUGUAGACUGAAGACUCUGAGAUUGAGGUACUGCUGGUUGUCAGAGAUCAGCUGUGCUUCUCUGGCCUCAGCUCUGAAGUCCAACCCCUCCCAUCUGAGAGAGCUGCAGCUGAGUGGAAACAACCUGGAGGAUUCAGGAGUGAGGCCGCUGUCUGGUUUUCUGGAGAGUCCACACUGUAGACUGGAGACUCUGAGAUUGUGGAGCUGCAGUUUGUCAGAGAUCAGCUGUGCUUCUCUGGCCUCAGCUCUGAAGUCCAACCCCUCCCAUCUGAGAGAGCUGGAUCUGAGCUACAACGACCUGAAGGAUUCAGGAGUGAAGCUACUGUCUGAUCUUGUGGAGAGUCCACACUGUAGACUGGAGACUCUGAGGACCACAAAGAAGGACUACAGAGCUGCCAGACACAAAGAAUGUGACUCAGAUGUCAAACUGAAUGUGGAAGAAAACCUACUGGAGGACGACGAAAAGGCUCCAACAUCCUUCUCACCUGAGCAGACAGCUGAAUCUUCAUACAGACUUUCUGGCUGUGAACUCUCAGAUACUCACUGUGAAGUUGUGGCCUCAGCUCUGAAGUCCAACCCCUCCCAUCUGAGAGAGCUGGACCUGAGUCACAACUACAACCUGCAGGAUUCAGGAGUGAAGCUGUUGUCUGCUGGACUUGAGAGUCCAAACUGUAGACUGGAGACUCUGAGAUUGUGGGGCUGCAGGUUGUCAGAGAUCAGCUGUGCUUCUCUGGCCUCAGCUCUGAAGUCCAACCCCUCCCAUCUGAGAGAGCUGGAGCUGAGUGGAAACUACCUGCAGGAUUCAGAAGUGAAGUUGCUGUCUGAUCUUGUGAAGAGUCCACACUGUAGACUGGAGACUCUGAGGAUCAACAAGAUGGUCUACAGAGCUACCAGACACAAAGAAUGGGACUCAGAUGUCAAACUGAAUGAGGGAAUAAAGCUACCUGAGGAUGACAAAAAGGCUCCAACAUCCUUCUCACCUGAGCUGACAGCUGAAUCUUCAUACAGCUUCAGGUGUCCUGGUCCAGGUGUGUUCCAGUGUGCUUUGACUGGACUGGUGUUUGUCAUGGCUCAGGAGGCGGAGCUACUGUACAGGACCGUCCAAUGGGAUGAGAGCUUCCUCCAAUCAGCUGGCAAAAUGGCUGCUGGGCCGCUGUUCAACAUCAAGUGUUCUGAGGAUGCUGCUCUCCGUCAGCUCCACCUCCAACACUGUGACACAAAGGAAGCAUUGCUCUGUGAUGGCCUGUUGUCUGUCGCUCACAUCUCUGAUGAUGAAAUGAGCAUCUUGGUGCCGCUGAAGAUUACAGACACUCAUGUGGUUGUGAAGAUCUCUCACCUCUCUGCCUUUGGCCUGAUCUGGGAUACGAUUCUUAGGAUUCGGAACAUCAUAUGGCCGAUAAAUGGACAAGUUCUGCUGUUCCUCCGACCUCCCAACGCAACACAUCAAGUACUUGAUGUCUUUCUGCUGAACAAAAACGUCCUUGUAAGCGAGGUUAAGGCCCAACAAGAAGGUGCUAAGAACAUCAAGAUCUCUGCCAAGUGUCUUCUCAGCUUUGGUCAAAGUUACAGUGUCCACUGUGAACCUGGGAGCUUCAGAAUACGACCUGAUCGUGCACCAUUUGACUCAGAUUAUGGACCAAAUUACCAUCCGACAUUUAAAGUUAUCCUGACUACGAUCCCAGAGGAAGUGACUCUGAUGGUCCGGAAUCCAGAGAGGACAGGCGACGUCUGGAGACGUGAUCUGCUUCAAGCAGAUCUAACAAUGGAAAUCCCUCAGAGGAACGUCCCACCAGAGGACAACGUCCCAUCAGAGGACAACGUCUCACCAGAGGACAACGUCUCACCAGAGGACAACGUCUCAGCAGAGGACAACGUCCCACAAGAGGACAGCGUCCCAGCAGAGGACAACGUCUCACCAGAGGACAACGUCUCACCAGAGGACAACGUCUCACCAGAGGACAACGUCUCAGCAGAGGACAACGUCCCACAAGAGGACAGUGUCCCAGCAGAGGACAACGUCUCACCAGAGGACAACGUCUCACCAGAGGACAGCGUCACACCAGAGGAGAGGCUGCGGUUUGUUCGAACAAAGUUUGUAGAGGGAAUGUCUGAUCCUAAUCUGAACAAGCUUCUGGAUGAACUCUUUCAGCGUUGCGUUAUAAGCGAUGGUGAAAUGCAGUCAAUCAGAACAAAAACCAAGAGAGAUAAAGCACGAGACCUGAUCAACACGGUACGACUAAAGGGAACUGAAGACAGCAGAGUUCUGAUUGCUGCUCUCGGUAAGGACGAUCCGUGGGUUUUCAGAAUUUAGGAUGAAGCAAAAGCAAGAAGCUGGAGUGUGAUGAUGAAUCUCUAUAAUAUCUGGUUGUUUCAGAGACUCACAUCACUUAUUGUUAUCUUUAAAUGAUAAAUUCCAUCGUGGAAGCCUGUGUGGACUUUCACUCUGAAGGUGAUUCACUGAAGUUUGGGGGGAAAAGUGAAUUCAUUUUCAAUCUCUUGUGGUUUGGUCUCUAGAUUUUAUAAUCAUUUACUUGUGAUGACUACGGAUGUGUUGUCGGUGAUGAAGACCUGCGAUGGAGAGCUUGUGACAUUUCCAUAUGUUUUGGGACCGUCUUCUUACUGCUAAUUUUUGGAAGUUAUUAAUUUAGUUUUCAUUAGGGCUGUCUAAGUUAACGUGAUAAUAACGUGCUAAUGCAAAUUUGUUUUAACGCCACUAAUUUCUUUAACACUUUAACGCAACUUGUGAUUUUUAGGUUGCAGCGGCUCAGUG